AUGAUCGAUUGGAUUGGGCGAUACUAUGAGUUGACCAACCAUGCUCUUGCUAAAUUCAAUGUACAUCUACUCAAGAUUGAUUGCAAUGUGUUACUACCAUCACUUCAGUUAAAGGCCGUUGGUAGCGGUGAUGGCAGUGAUGUUGCCGGUGGCCCAAUCAACAACAACAAUAAUACACCGAUUAUUAAUGCUCUGUUAUCAAGAUUCGAACGUGGCUCGAUCAAUGCCAUCUACAUCACAUCAACACAUACUCAACUACAGAUCAAUGAUAUUAUGGCACACAACAGUUCACGCUAUGGAGGCAUCACAAUCACUUUGCUCGACAAUCACGCCAUCCCCUUUGGUUGGAAUCAUGUGAAUGACAGUCAGGACCAUGAUGAGUCUCAGCCAACUGAGCCCAAACAAACAAUGGAUGAAGAUGAUGAUAAUAAUGUACAUUAUGACAAUGUGUUUGCUGGAGGCUUCUUUGAUUACCUCCACAGCGGGCACAAGUACUUCUUGUCAGUUGGCGCAUUGUUGUCCAAUCACUACUUCCUUGUGACAGUGUUGCAACCGAGCGACACUGCAUCCUCUACCAAACACAAGCAACAUCUGAUGCAACCUUUGGACACACGUAUUAGACAGGUCAAACAGUUCAUGGAACUAUUCCAUCCAUAUCAUCAACACAUUGAUAUUGUGCCCAAUCAGAGAUGCUCAGAGAUUGGACGAUGUCCAUUGGUCACGAGACAAUGUGGACCAAACGACGCCAUACUACUCAUCGAGGAGAGUGUGUCUAGUGGCGUCAAGAUCAACGAUUUCAGGCGGCGAAAUCAACUUGCACCUUUACACGUAUAUAGAAUCCAAGAAAUUUCAUCUGGGCGCACUCCCAUGGCAUCACCUACCACCAGUCCACUGUCAUCUCCCACCAAGCUAUCCUCAUCCAUCAUCCGCACUAUACUCGAUGAGGAGGAUCCAAUGGCCUAA